GUGUCGGGCUGAUAGGCUCGCCCGGAGGAAAGCGCAUUACGUAGGCAAGCGGCUCCGCUCAACUUGCCACCUGCGCCGGGAGAGCUGCCGGGGAAGAAGCGAGAUCCUGCCGGAGCCCCUCGCCCGCCGCUGGCCGCCCACCCGCCCUCCGCCAUGGACUGCUGCAAUGAGGGAGCCUGCACAAAGCUGGACGAGGACAUCCUGGACAUCCCUUUGGACGAUCCCGAUGCCAACGCGGCAGCUGCCAAGAUCCAGGCUAGUUUCCGUGGCCAUAUGACCCGCAAGAAGAUCAAAGGGGGCGAGAUCGAUCGGAAAACCAAGGACGCCGAGUGCGCCAACAGCACCCGCGGCGGCGACCUCCGCAACGGCGACUAGGUACCCCCCAAAUCCCGCUCUGCCCCCCAAAACUGGGGGCCACCAGCUGCUGACCGGACACCCCUCGCCACCGACCCCCUGCCAGCGCUGCCCGCCGAGGCCCAGGAGCCCCCGCUUCACCCCCUGCCCCCCGCAUGCACCCCCCGGGGUCCCCCCACAGCCAGGCCCCGCCCCUGUCCCUGGCUGUCCCCCCCCGCCCCAGACACCCCCCGCCCCAAUAAACGCCCCUGCCAGAGCCCCGGCCUGUCCUCGGUGCCUUCUGAUGCCAGCGGCAGAGCGGUGAGGUCACAGUGGGCAGGGGGAGGGCUGGGGAUGCCAGCUGGGACUGCCCGUGUGUGUGUACAACACGCUGCAGGCACGUGUGACAUCACUGCCAGGCUGGGACGUGACAUCAGCGCGUGCUGUGACAUCACUGUGGGUGGGAGAUGACCUGGGAGGUGCUGGCAGGAGAUGGGUGGUGAUGUCACUACUGGACAAGUGACAGCUGCUGUGACACCAUGCAGGGGUGUGAGAUGUCACUGCUGGGUGUGUGACACCAUACAGGUGUGUGUGACAUCACUGCUGGAUGUGUGACACCAUACAGGUGUGUGUGACGUCACUGCUGGGUGUGUGACACCACACAGGUGUGUGUGACACCAUACAGGUGUGUGUGAUGUCACUGCUGGAUGUGUGACACCAUACAGGUGUGUGUGACACCAUACAGGUGUGUGUGAUGUCACUGCUGGGUGUGUGACACCAUACAGGUGUGUGUGACACCAUACAGGUGUGUGUGAUGUCACUGCUGGAUGUGUGACACCAUACAGGUGUGUGUGAUGUCACUGCUGGAUGUGUGACAUCAUACAGGUGUCUGUGAUGGCUGGAGUGACAUCAUUCCACUGUGUGUGAUGUCACCACCAGGCAUGACUGUGGGUGUGACAUCAUACAGGCACGUGUCACAUCGCUGCUGUGUGAUGGCAGGUGUGACAUCAUGCAGGCACAGGUGGCAUCCCUGAUGGACAUGUGAUGCCUGUAUGGCAUCAUCCGGGCCUCACUCAGGUGCUGUGAUGUCACACACUCAUUGUGGCGUCGUACCUCCUGACACAGGGAGUGACGUCACGGUCAUGGGUGUGACAACGCGUCCAUCGUGAUGUCACCUCAGCCUGAGGAGCUUGGCUGGUGCACUGUGACAUCACCCUGCCCUGUGACAUCACCCAGAAGGUCGUGGGACAUCCCUCCCCGCCUCGAAAUCCGCACAAACUCACCCAAAGCGCCGGUGCUGGGCAGCGCAGCAGCUUUUAAUCAGAAAACCCCUAAAAAAAGUGUGUUGUGUGUGUGUGUGUCCCCAUCAUCCCCCCUCCCCCCACCCCUACUUUCUUUUGUGAAAAAAUCCCUCAUUUCACCCGAUAUAUAGAUAUAGAAAAACAAAACCAUAAAAGGGGACCCCCCUGAGGCAGGGCUGGGGCUGGUUUGGGGGGUGAUAUUUAUGGGGUCCCUCCAACGCAGAGAGCCCCUGCACCCAUUAAACACACCCACGACGA